CGCCAUCCCGGCCCACUGUGGUGCUACAUCACCACCAUCGAGGGGUUGCUGAUCAUCCGUACUUAUUCCGCGGUCGGCCAGGUUGAUGAUAUUACCCACGGUUUUUUAUAUAAUUGUUAGUUUUCCCACAUCUUCAACCAGCCUGAACCGACAGUCACGGCAUAUCCCCUACACCUUCUAUCCGACCGCGACUCACCAUGGCGACUGACACCCCCGCACCUCGACCCCGCAAAUCGCUCAUUCUCAAUGCCUUUGUGGAAAUGUGCAGCGGUCACCAGUCCCCUGGACUCUGGCGACACCCGGAGGAUGAAUCGCACCGGUUCAACGACAUCGACCACUGGAUCGAGCUGGCUAAACUGCUCGAAUCGGCCAAGUUUCACGGCAUCUUCAUUGCCGACGUCCUCGGCGGCUACGACGUAUACAAAGGCCCGCGGAAUCUCGAGCCGGCCAUCAUCUCCGGGGCGCAAUGGCCUGUCAAUGAGCCUCUAGCUGUGGUGCCUGCCAUGGCGGCGGCGACACAGAACAUUGGCUUCGGAGUGACGGUCACGACGACUUACGAACAGCCCUAUCAUCUCGCCCGCCGUUUAUCCACGAUUGACCACCUCACCAAGGGACGAAUCGGAUGGAAUAUCGUCACCGGCUAUCUCGACUCCGCAGCCCGCAACCUCGGCCACACCCAACAACCCCAGCACGACGACCGCUACGCCCAAGCAGAAGAAUACAUCCGAGUAACCUACAAGCUCUGGGAAUCCUCCUGGCGCUCCGACGCCGUGGUCCUCGACCGCAGCCGCGGAAUCUACACGGACCCAACCCGCGUUCGCACGAUCAACCACACCGGGAAAUACUACACCGUCCCCGGCCCCCACAUCUGCCAACCGAGCCCACAACGCACGCCCGUCAUCCUGCAAGCCGGGACCUCCAAAGCAGGCAAGGCCUUCGCCGCACAACACGCCGAGGCGAUCUUCGUCGCGGGGCACAGCCCCUCCGUGGUGGCGAAGAACAUCGCCGAGAUUCGCGAACUAGCGACCCGGGAAUUCGGACGGGAUGGAAAAGCGAUCAAGUUUCUGGCGCUGUUGUGUCCGGUGCUGGGACGGACGGAGGAGGAGGCGAGGGAGAAGUUUCAGUAUUUUAGGAGUUUGGGGAGUGUGGAGGGGGCGUUGGCGCUGUUUGGGGGCUGGACGGGGAUUGAUCUAGGGAGGUAUGGGGAGGAGGAGGAGUUGAGGUUUGUGGAGAGUAAUGCGAUUCGGUCGGCUGUGGAGGGCUGGUCCAAGGCCACGCCGGAGGUGGAGAAAUGGACCAAGGCCACGGUGGGCCAGCAUAUCACGGUGGGAGGGCUGGGGGCGACGCCGGUGGGAACACCGCAGCAGGUGGCCGAUGAGAUGGAACGGUGGGUGAAUGAGGCGGAUGUGGAUGGGUUUAAUCUGGCGUAUGCGAUUAAACCCGGCUCGUUCAAGGAUAUCAUCGACUUGCUGAUUCCGGAGCUUCGCAAGAGAGGCCUCUUCUGGGAUGAUUAUGCCGUGACGAAGGGCACGUAUCGUGAGAAUCUUUACGGGAAGGAGGGUCAGAGUGGUCCGCCGGCGGAUCAUCCGGCUGCAAAGUAUCGCUGGCAUGCGGGCGUGGAUGCGGCGGAGCAUCGGAUUCCGGAUAAUUGAGGCUGCAGUGGGAGCAGCCCUGAAUGAUGAUGUUGCAGACGAGUGUAUGGGAUUAGCUUGUCAUUAUAUUACAUGGUUCGCCGAUUACAGAACCGGCACAUUGGGAACAGCCCAGUCACAGUCCAGG